AGAUGGUUCUUCCAAGUAGUUCCAUUUUUUUAUCUUGAUUCUCAAUUUUCUUCCCGUUAAAGUCUAAGUCUUUUUCUAUCUUCUAUGGUUAUGUUGUUGUUCUGCGAUUCUGCGGGUAGAGAGGUAGAGAGCAUGUAAAGGUUGUUUGGGGUUGCCAUGGGGUUGUCUUUGGGGUUGUUCACGGGUUGUUGUUCAGCAAAUACAUUUAAAAUAGGUAUAUUCUGUUUGUAAUGUUUGUACCUAUAUGACAUGGUGUUCAGAGUUAAGUUGUCUCUGGACUCUGGAGUUUAGGACGUUAAGGAGUUAAAUUUGGUAUAGUUAGAUUUGUGUAGUCUCCUCUGGAAGUACAUGUAAAGUAAUAUAAAAGCACCUACUUUUAUUUCAUUUAUUUGUGAGAAGACGGGUCUUGCUUGCUUGAUCUAAAUUAUUUAUUAACUUUGUACACAGUAACUUUGAAAAAGUAGUGGUCUUUCUGAAUUUAGAUAUUCCUUGAUAAUUUUAUCAAUUAUUGAGAAAAAUGCCAUGCUGUUCUGCAAUCAACUGCUCCAACAGGACAGAAAAAGGAUAUCGUUUAUACCGUUUUCCAAGGAAUGAUAAAAAUCGUGCCAAGUGGGUCCACAACAUGAGACGUGGGGGAAACUGGCAACCCAGUGAAGCAGCUCGUUUAUGUGAAAAACAUUUUGAAAAGACUCAGUUUGAAAAUAAACGUGCUGAUGGAAAAGUGAAACUGAGACCAAAUGCAGUACCCACUAUAUUUAACCUUCCGAAUCCACCUCUGAAUACAGAGUGUCUUAAAAGGAGACAUUAUAAGAAUAUGGAAGUAGCUAUAGUUCCUAUACAAGAAAAUGUUGAAGAAGAGGAAAUUACAAUUGAUCAAAGUGAUUUUGAUUUUCCAAUCUCACUAAGCAAUUCAGAUUUAUAUUCGGAUGACGACCUUUUUGAAGAAUUAAGUGUAGAAAAUAGUUUACUAAGGAAUCGAAUAGAGUGUUCUCAAAAUACAUCAAUUAAUGCUUUGCAAAUUCAGAAUAGAUCAAUUUGUGAAGAACUGAUAAAAAUUAAGGAUACAUUGCCAACUCAUUUUAUAGAAGACCAAAUUAAAGUUUUUGUAGAAAAUGUAAAAAAAUCAUAAAUUGAUGAAGAAGAUAAAAAAUCUAAAUGGUGACUAAUCAAUUUCAAUCUGUCAUUUCUGCGAAGAGUUAACAAUUGUCUGCAAAAAACUGGGUAUCUUUACCGUAGUUAUUAAUGCAUAUAAUGUAUAAGGUUCAAAUCAAAAUUCAGAUUUUUUCUGAUGUUUUUAACCUACUUAAAUCAAAGCAGGAGAAAUAAACUGAAGAAUAUA